CUAGCCGUUGAAAACUCGGCCCCCCAUUUCCCCUACUUUCUGUACAUCAAACAAAAACUAAAGCUCAAAUCUUUGGUUCAAUCAUUGAUUUUAUUUUCAAUUUUCUUGUUUUGGGUGUCCAAAUUGGAUCAAAUUUAAGUUCUGGGAUUCGUUUCCUGGAUUGGGAGAAAAAAAAAAAGGAAAAUGAAGAGUGUGAAAGGAAAAUUCUUGAAGAAGCUGAAAUCAAUCAAACCAGUUGGUUACCUAAAGCCAGAUCGUGUUCUUCAAGUGCUUGCCAUUGAUGGGUUUAUUGAUUCUUAUACGAAAACACCGAAUCCCAAUGAACAACCCAAGUUGUUCACCAAAGAAUUUGAGGAGCAAGAAAUGAUUAAAGAAAACCAGCCUGAAAUCAUCGAUGUAGAAGAGCUAAUGAAAGAUCUUGAAUCUGACGAAGACGAAGAUGGGGAAGAAGAAGAUGACGACAAAGAGAAUAUUAGGCCAAAUAUUGAGACAGAGAAUGUGGAUUGUAGUCGGCAGAAUUGCUCACCCACCGCCGUUCCGUUAUCGGAGAUCGAUGUGUCGUCAUUCCGGAGGCCGGAUUUGAAUUCGUGUACGCUUUUCGAUCCUAAAUUAUUAGCUGCAUUUGAACAAGCUGUGAAAGAACAUAUGAAGAUGAAUGAAGAGAUCCAUCAUGUCGAGAAAAAACCAAGAAUCGAGGAAAAAGAAGAAGAAGAAGAAGAAGAAGAAGAAGAAGAAGAAGAAGAAGAAAGCGACCCUUUAUUAGCUUUCGAAGAGAAGUGUCCGGCCGGAGGCGAUGGGUCGGUCAUACUUUACACGACGACACUCAAAGGUAUACGAAAGACCUUCGAGGAUUGCAAUAGUGUUCGGUUCUUACUCGAAAGUUUCAAAGUGAUAUUCUACGAAAGAGAUAUAUCAAUGCAUUGUGAAUAUAAAGAAGAACUAUGGAGGAUUUUGGGUGGGAAAGUGAUGCCACCGAAGCUUUUCAUAAAGGGUAGAUACAUUGGUGGAGCGGAUGAGGUACUUACAUUACAUGAACAGGGGAAGCUUAAGGUGCUUUUCAAUGGUAUCCCUUUGGAUAAUUGUAAUGGAGCUUGUGACGGGUGUGGUGGUGUUAGGUUUGUGCUUUGUUUCGUUUGUAAUGGUAGUCAUAAGAUCAUUGGUGAUGAUGGGAUGUCAAGUGAAUGCAUGAAGUGUAAUGAGAAUGGUUUGAUUGUUUGCCCUCUUUGCUGCUGAAAAAAAUUUGAUGUAUUGUAUUGUUACUGUGGUGCUGUCGUUCUCUUGAUUCUUAUUCUUCUCACUUAGUGGUAUUAUAUAUAUAAAUCAUUGUUUCUCCCA